GACCACUGAUGUCUCGUCAUAUGUAGUAAACAACCAAGUGUAGCCUUCUACGCAGCUACACUGUCAUCAACAUGUCGGUCCGGGAGCGACGUGGCCUGAGAAUGAAUCCACCGACGUGAGGAUCAUGUUUGUAAGAAUACCGAGGAUGAGAAACGCGCUAAUUUUCGUGUUCUGUGCACGUCAAGCGGCACAGGCACGACGCGUCACCUCCUCAUCUCGAGGGCUCUUCAGUGCUGCAUUUGGUCGGCUGUCUUCGUCCUUCACAGACGAAACAAGUCCGGAACAAGAUGGCGAAAACCCCUUAGCCGCGGAUGACUCUGCAAUCACGUCAUCUUCAGUCCUUGCGUCGACAAGGAAAGCGGCAGAGUCGCGCCUGAAGGAGAAGCCAAUAUUACUGGAGAACAAAGAGGCUUCGCCUAGCGGUAGUGGUGUCCCUGAAGCGAAGACAGUCUACUCACCAUCUACAGGCGGCUCGAAAGAAGUCGUGGACUUGUCGUCUUCGUUGAAGGCAGCACGGUUCCCGCAGAAAGAAUUAAGGGUUGGUUAAAGGUGCUUUUGUUACCGUUUGUUAUGGCUCUCUCCCUGUCCCUUAGGUGGGGACAGCUAUAACAAGCGGGAGAAGGCACGAACACCAAAAACCUACCUCUAAAAGAAGACGAAGAGGAUAAUGGCGUGGUCUCCAGCAUAAUUCUAGACGUAGAUGAGCAAGAUGGAACUCCUGCAGACGAUGAGAAGAACGAGCUCGAUGGAAAAAGCAGGAGUCAUCAACACUCCUCAACUGAGCUAGACAGCCUUCAACACGACACAGUGUCUUCACAUUCUUCUUCUACAUCGACGCGAGCUCGUCUAGAAUCUUCAUCCGCGCUGACGAGAACUACCCACAACUUACUAGCUACGUCAAAUUAUAGAGCCGACUCUGAUGCAGAAACUGGUGCUUGCUUUCAGCUUCCAUUGCGUCUCCCUACUGCCGCAAACGCUGUCACUGUCCUUGAUGAUGAGCUUGUCGUGGCUGGAGAUGAUGACGGUCUGUACUUCAUACCAUUGAAUGCAGAAGAGGACGAGCAGGAGGAGGACGAGACAGCUAACGAUGAAUCCAAAUUAUCGAGUGACGAGCAUCAUAGUGAGACCAGUCGUCAUACAUCUAGUGACGAAGACAUCGAUUUCCAAGAACAGAAAGAGGAUCAAGAACCUCGAAGUAAAAACAGGAACAAACAUGCGAAGAAAAACAACGCCAAGAAAGUCCAUCACUCCACUCGCGCUAGUGUGCUUCAAAUCCAGCGUGUGGAUACCACACUGUCUGAUACCGCAAAUACUUGGGGUCUGCUCACCUCCAAUGCCGUCGCUCCUACAGUCGGCUCGUUGCCAAUGGGCGAACGCUACGUACUUGUCGUCUUUAAUAAAUGGUCGGUACGAAUACGAUAUCGUGCUUUCAUCAUGGUCCUUAGCUCUUACAUGAUCUCCACUUUGCCAACAUCCUAAUCAGGCUUGUCUUUGAAUGAACCUUGGACGGGUCGUUUCCUUGAGCUCACAACUGCGUAUACCAUUGCAACACACUGACCCCAUCGUUCCAUCACAGGAAUUUUCUGGUGUCGCCGCAGCACCAGCUUCCGCUCUUUCUCUGCUCGAUCACUCAGUUGCAGAGGACACCACUCAAUACCGCUUCUUAACACCCUAUGGCACGCGCAUUCUUCGCCAAGACGCUGCUGGAAAGGUAUACAGGGUUCUGGGAGACUUCGGUUUCAAAACAGCAUCGGUCGGCAUUUUACUUGUCCAUUAUUGUGACAUGAGUCCACUUCCAAGGUAAUGGUCUGUGUGCAUGCGUGCUACAAAAAAACUAUUGAAAUUUCGAGAGCAGGUGGGUCUUCCUCCUCAUCAAAGUUGAGUUCACCCAGUCACCCAGAUUCAGCUCCUCUCCUGCGUCUUCCCAGGUCACUGCUGUUCCUGUCUCUGCGUCUGGUACCAAGACUGAAGCUGGACCCACGACCGAGAAGAGGACAAAUAUGCUCCUACUGAGUGCCCAGCACGGCAGGUCGCUUUUGCAGUACGACACGAACGCACACAAGAUUGUUUCGAGGUAAUUUGAGUUCAAAGCUAUUUUGGGUUCGAGGAUUUAUUAAAUCUUUCCUCAGGAAAUGAAUUUUGAAAAAAGGAGAUAAAAUCAAAAAUUCUUGGAUAUUCAACAGCUUUGAUGUGAAUACUAAGUGGAUUUGACGUAUUUUCAUGAAAAUUCAAGUUUUUAUUGAAUUUUGAAAUUCAUGAAUUUUUGAAAAUUUGAAUUUCUAGAUUUUCUAGGACUCGAAAAAUAUUAUAGAUUGGUCUAUUGUAGGAGUGGAUAACGGAGAUUUUGAGUCUCAGUUGACGAAAAUAUUGAAUUUCAACCAUAUCCAGAUGUUUUUGUUUUCAACAACUUUUAAUUCGAUUUAGAAUCUAAUCGUAAGCUUUUCAUGCAGUACAGGUAAAAUCAAUAUGUUACUCAGAAUUUUCAUAUAUACCAAUGAAAAAGCAAAGUUUUUGAAGAAUAGUUUGAUAGCAUGAAUAUACCAAAUAUCUGCAACAAUCCUGCAAAAUAUCGCAGAAAAUUUCAAGUUAGUGACAAUAUGACUCUCAAUGGUGAAAUUUGGUUUGAAAUCCAGUAAUUUCAAAAAUUUUCUGAUUUUAUCCUCAAAUUUUGAAAUUUAAAUUCAAUCGUGAGCUUUUCUCUUCAAGUGACAUCGCUCUUUCUCCUCGAUUUCAUUUUCAUUAGGUCAUUCAACAUUUUCGACUCAUGUUGAUAUUCAUUUUCAGGUCAGAGCUUCCUUCCACCCGUGGAACCCGCAGCACACCAGGAUCAGCAGAGGCCCACGAUUUUGCUGCCUACAACGGAAUGUCGGGGUCUACAGGGCUUGCUGUAGACAACGAUGGCCAUAUUAUGGUAACUAACGAGCAAACAGGAACGACAGACCGAUUAUCGCUUGGUGAGCAUGGAUCUGCGGGGGAAGAGGAUUUUUCGUCAGAGUUUGAGUCAAAUAGAAGUACGAGGGACCGAUUAGGUUUGCCAGAUUUGAUCCCUCCGUUUCCGACUGGCACCUCGUAUCUUGAUGGUAUUUAGUAAGUUGUUUUUUCUUCGAUCAAAAGUUUACUAGAAUUCCCGGUCGUAAAGCAAUGUAGACGUGCCGAAAGGUUACUUAUAUUUGCGAUUGCAUUCUCCUCAUUGACGUCUGUCAACACCAUCUACCUCAAGGUCUCCUUUUCGUUACCUCCGAGUACGAGGCUACCCCUCAGAGCUCGGAUUGGCGCACGAGGCUCAGUGUCUUUCGUCUUUCAAGCAAUGAAGCAGCAGAUAAGAUUCUGGGUGCAGCCGAGAAGCAGGAUGACUAUGCAACUUUGCUUCACGACGGGUCCAGGGCUAGUACAACGAGCGCUCUUUCCUCGUCAACACAGCACAAGGGACAUGAAAAACUUCUCCCUCCACCUCACCCGCACGGCGACAUGGAAGACAGGAAGUCAAGAAGUACUUCUAGGAAGUAUGGUAGUAGGAGCAAGACUGGUACCGAUGGGAACAUCGAAUCGCGUGAACGGAAGAAACACCACAAACAUGAUGGAGAAAUAAGCCAUGCGAGUGCUGAGUCUUCAGAAAAGGCUGAACAUCGAGCAGAAAAGAGCAAGAAACUGUCAUCCUUCUCUAGGAAAGUCGUCGACGCGAUAGACGAGCAAAAUCAUAGGUCUAUUGUCGAGCAAAUCCACCAGAGUAUUGAAGAGCAGGACCAACAGAAGCAUCAGGCGGCCAAGAAUGAGAACGAAGUUGACGCCUCCCGUCAUGGUCAUCAACAUGAUCACUCUACUGCUUCAUCUGCUCAUCAAGAACAGAAGGAGAAAGAGCACAAGCAGAAGCACGACAUCAGCGCCAAGAAGAAGACCAACACGAACACUGUUCUAGUCGAGCAAAGCGGCAAGUCUGGUACAACCUCCAAAAAGUCCUCCUCCGACACGAGCACGAGGAGUAAGAAGAACAAGAUGGAUCCUAGUUCUAGUCAAUUAGCUUUUGCGCCUCCUAGUAUGGAUGAGGAAAAUGCGGCGAGCUCGGCUACAAGCCAAGAGGCCUCAGCAACAUCCUCAGAUGCAGUAACUUCAUGCGAAUCCACAAUGGCAGAUACUUUUAUGGAAAAAUGAAGGAUCGGGUACGUACGUACUUAUGUAGUAUAACUGUUCGCCAUUACAAGCAGUUGAUGAAGUCUCGAAGGUGGAAUCUCGUUCUUGUGUAUUGAAGUACGUCAUGUUCAUGCCGUCGUGUAAUAAUUAUUACACGGCGGCUAAAAGUAAUAAACCUAGUUCCAGUAGUACCAGUUUUUUUUUUAGUUUUUGAUUAUCCAGAACCUUGUUCAAAGUAGCGUUACACGAAUCUCUCAUCUUCUAAGCCUCGGCUUUACGUGUGGACAAUGACGAUGGUGGACAUGAAGAAGAACUGUGUCCUUCCUGAGCCUCCGAAUGUGCAGCCUCCAGUGCCAGAAGGGAGUCCGCCGGACACUCCUCCGAACGAAGUCUGGAUACUCAACCGUGAUCCACUGGCGAAACAUACGCUAGCACUGCUGCAGGAGGAUGCGAAACAAGGUGGUCAGAAGACGGCUAGCAGUAAAGGAGGCAAGAACAAGUCACCUACGAAGACGAAGACUAAGACAACUUCUUCUACUGCGAAGAACAAAAGUAGUGCUGAAGACGGUCCGGGACCAGGCAUCUACUCUGGCGUCUCGGUACUCGCAGCUUCCUCUCGUGCCGCAGCAGGUCGUGCCUUGUCGUUUCUACAGCAGACAGCGACGAAAGUGAUGUUGAGCAGGAGUACUAGUAGUAGUGCAAGUGCUUCUAUGGCAUCAUCAAAAUCUAGUAUAUCUUCGACACUGGUGUCCACGGGAGCAGCCUUGCACCUGCAGCAGCCUUCAACAUCGGAGCAAGAGUCAAGCGAGAAAGCGCGAAUGCUGAAUCUGCAAACGCAGUUGUUUUAUGAAUGGAUUUUUUAUUGCCCUGCUCAGAAGUGAUGUUCAAUUUUCAGUCAUCUAUGUCCAAUCACAACAAGCUCCAGUCGCGAUGACCCUUAUCGCUAUGAACUCCCAAAUAACUUGUUUUAUUGAAGGGAGGCUCCAGAACUAGAGAUCGUUUUCUCUACUUCCUGUGUUACUAUGUUGAAGUAGGCUGUGCUUGAAUGAUACUCGUCUAGUUAUAAAAUACAGCCUGUCCUUAUAAAGCCAAAAUAUGUUAUCAUUAUCAUACUUUUCUACUUAAGAAACUUGAUAAUGAUAACAGAUUUUCUUUUCAUAGUCCUCCUCCCAAACCCACCAAUGCUUCAAUGCCUCCUUUCAUUCCGGAGAGCUGGAAGGCGAAGCUCGUGCUAGGAAAGAGAAGGCGUGGAAUCGGGUUGGGAUGUUGGCCGCCAACCUUGAUGCGAUGGCCGACAAGCUAGACACGACGGCGACUCGUGUCAACGACCUGCUAGCAAAGCAGCAGCACAAGCUAGCUCCAGCAAGGAGCGACGCUUGGCGCGAAUGGCGCGAUGCGCGACAAGCAACGGCGUUUAAGCGACGCGAAUUGAGGAAAGCGAGGAGGAGAAGGAUGAUCUCGUCUGCUAGCAAUAGACGAGGAGGAGAAUUUCUACUAGAGAAAAAGUCUGCUUCUAGUUCUAGUAUACAUGUUGAAUUAGAUCAAAAUCAUCCAGAAGUAGGGCACGACCACGAGCACGAGCAGGAAGAUCAUAGAACAUCAAGUCAAAAUUUACCUCUACCCAGACUAGUAGCAGAGUACGACCUACCCAAGAGCAUCACUGACAUCUCUGCAAUCGCAGCUACGCGAAGAGGCGUGCAGGAUUUCACCAUCUUCGCAGCUGCAGAUCAACAGAUGUACAGAUUCGACAUCAAUCUGCUGGACAAGGUGGCGCAGUGUCCGGAGUGGACUUGAUGCAGCAAGUCUGAGCUAGGGAUUUGGGUUUAGGGUUUGGGUUUAGGGUUUACGGAGUUGGAAACGGAAAUCUAAUGAUACUAUUUCUUUCAAUGUGUGAAGAAAUCUAAUGACUUUUGUUUUUGAAUGGUUACGCUACGUUAGUGUUACGGUUACCUGUUCGUAUCAAAGUUUAGCUGAUAGAAGUUUUUUUUUGUGCAUCAGAAUUUCUUAGAAAGUAAAAGCAUCAUCGGAAUGCAGUUGUUGUACAGCUAACGAAAGUUGUAAAGUUUCUGUACAGAUGCAGAAGGUUUUCACAAAUGACAUUUCCACAGAUAACCGAGAAAAUGAUAAUCGAGAGUACUCUAGUUUUUGAGAAGUUUCAAUCUGGUGACGACACCUGAACAUGAGGAAGACAGCGG